GGAUGAAGGACGACGAUAUCAACGUUGAGAUGUUUGGGAAGGAAAGGACAUUGCUAUUGUGUGGGUUGUUUUUGCUUGAUUGCUCGGCGUUGUCAUGGCGUCUAUUUCAGAAUUAUUCCACCGACCGGCGCCGCAGUACAAUUUGGGUGUCGGGGGACGGUUUGGCGCACAGCCUUUGAGCAUUAGGGAAGAUCAUUUGCGGGAAUUGGGGUUGUGCUUCGGUGAUAAACGCGGUGGACAAUAUAGGGUACCCUCCAAAGACAUGCAUCUCAGAUUUUGGUCAGACUGGUAUCUGUACAUUGUGAUGUCCCUUCUAUUUUGUAUGCACCUUCACCUCAAGGCCAAUACCGCCGUGAAAGGAGUCCUCUGGUGAUUGUCUCGAAGUAUUUCCAGCCUGAACGCCACGAAUGCUCCCACUCCCUCGCAAUGCCUACGCUAUUUUACAGCUGCCCUGCUCGUCCUAUACGCGAUACACUCGCCC